AUGGCAGGUCGGACGCGCCGGUAUCAAACCCGGUCGAGACUUCGAGUGUUGCAAGUGCUACAACACGAUGACAACGAUGAUGAUAGCGUCGCUGGCGAAAGUUGCGACACGAUAUCAGCUCUGCUUUAUAUCGAUGUCGAGUGCAAAGUGACUGCGGUGACGGGAGCGCAAACGAGACGAUUGAUGUUGUCGGUCGGGAUGGUUCAAGCAAGCGAGCAAGCCGCCGUGCCACUUUGGGAUGAGGGGCCGAGCAGCAGCAGAGAGUGUGUCGAGGAGCGUGUCCUGUGGUCGGUCCGUUGGCCGACUCGCCUACGCCCUCGCAUAGGUUUCGCCUUUUGGCACCGUGUUCGGACUUGGAUCAUCUUGGUCCAACUCCCGUCAAAAAAUUGA